AGUGUUCAUAUGUGAUAUUCCCUCCAGGAUCCAAGGACCGGGUAGCUACAAUGUUGUCAAGACUUUUCCGUCUGCACGGCCUCUUUGUGGCCUCCCAUCCCUGGGAAGUUAUUGUGGGGACAGUGACACUUACCAUCUGUAUGAUGUCCAUGAACAUGUUUACUGGCAACAACAAGAUCUGCGGUUGGAAUUAUGAAUGCCCAAAAUUUGAAGAGGAUGUACUGAGCAGUGACAUCAUCAUCCUCACCAUCACGCGGUGCAUCGCCAUCCUGUACAUUUACUUCCAGUUCCAGAACUUACGGCAGCUUGGGUCGAAAUACAUCUUGGGUAUUGCUGGACUCUUCACGAUUUUCUCAAGUUUUGUCUUUAGUACAGUCGUCAUUCACUUCUUAGACAAAGAAUUGACAGGCUUAAAUGAAGCUUUGCCCUUCUUCCUGCUUUUGAUUGACCUUUCUAGAGCGAGUGCAUUAGCAAAGUUUGCCCUGAGCUCAAACUCACAGGAUGAAGUAAGGGAAAAUAUAGCUCGUGGAAUGGCGAUUCUGGGCCCCACAUUCACCCUUGAUGCUCUUGUCGAAUGCCUUGUGAUUGGAGUUGGCACCAUGUCAGGCGUGCGCCAGCUUGAAAUCAUGUGCUGCUUUGGCUGCAUGUCUGUGCUCGCCAACUACUUCGUGUUCAUGACGUUUUUCCCAGCUUGCGUGUCCCUUGUUCUAGAGCUCUCUCGGGAAAGCCGCGAGGGUCGUCCAAUUUGGCAGCUCAGCCAUUUUGCCCGAGUUUUAGAAGAAGAAGAGAAUAAACCAAACCCUGUAACCCAGAGGGUCAAGAUGAUUAUGUCUUUAGGCUUGGUGCUUGUUCAUGCUCACAGUCGCUGGAUAGCUGAUCCUUCUCCGCAGAACAGCACGGCAGAACAGUCCAAGGUUUCUUUGGGACUGGAUGAAGGUGUGUCCAAGAGAAUUGAACCAAGUGUUUCUCUCUGGCAGUUUUAUCUCUCCAAGAUGGUCAGCAUGGACAUCGAGCAGGUGAUCACCCUGAGCUUAGCUUUCCUGCUGGCCGUCAAGUACAUUUUCUUCGAGCAAGCUGAGACAGAGUCGACACUCUCAUUAAAAAAUCCUAUCACGUCUCCUGUGGUGACCCCAAAGAAAGCUCAGGACAAUUGUUGUAGACGUGAGCCUCUGCUCCUGAGAAGGCACCAGAAGCUUUCCUCAGUGGAGGAGCCUGGAAUGAACCAGGACAGAAAAGUUGAGGUUAUAAAACCAUUAGUGGCGGAAACUGAGACUGCAAGCAGAGCUACAUUUGUGCUUGGCGCCUCUGUAGCCAGUCCUCCGUUGGCACUAGAGAUACAGGAACCAGGACUCGAACUCCCCAGCGAGCCUCGACCUAAUGAAGAAUGUCUGAAGAUUCUGGAGAAUGCUGAGAAAGGUGCAAAGUUCCUUAGUGAUGCGGAGAUCAUCCAGCUGGUCAAUGCUAAGCAUAUCCCGGCUUACAAAUUGGAAACGCUAAUGGAGACUCAUGAGCGUGGUGUGUCUAUUCGCCGGCAGCUCCUCUCCACAAAGCUCACAGAGCCAUCUUCUCUACAGUACCUGCCGUAUAGAGAUUAUAAUUACUCCUUGGUGAUGGGAGCUUGCUGUGAAAAUGUGAUUGGAUACAUGCCCAUCCCUGUUGGCGUGGCAGGGCCUCUGUGCCUGGAUGGGAAGGAGUACCAGGUUCCAAUGGCAACAACCGAAGGCUGUCUUGUGGCCAGCACUAACCGAGGCUGCCGAGCGAUAAGUCUUGGUGGAGGUGCCAGCAGCCGGGUCCUUGCAGAUGGGAUGACCCGAGGCCCAGUGGUGCGUCUUCCUCGUGCUUGUGAGUCUGCAGAGGUGAAGGCCUGGCUUGAGACAUCUGAAGGGUUUGCAGUGAUAAAGGAGGCUUUCGACAGCACCAGCAGAUUUGCACGUCUACAGAAACUUCAUGUGACAAUGGCAGGACGCAACCUCUACAUCCGUUUCCAGUCCAGGACGGGGGACGCCAUGGGGAUGAACAUGAUUUCCAAGGGUACGGAGAAAGCACUUUUGAAGCUGCAAGAGUUCUUUCCUGAAAUGCAGAUUCUGGCAGUUAGUGGUAACUAUUGCACUGACAAGAAACCUGCUGCCAUAAACUGGAUCGAAGGAAGAGGAAAGACUGUGGUUUGUGAAGCUGUCAUUCCAGCCAAGGUGGUGAGAGAAGUAUUAAAGACCACUACGGAAGCAAUGGUUGACUUAAACAUUAACAAGAAUCUUGUGGGCUCUGCCAUGGCUGGGAGCAUCGGAGGCUACAAUGCCCACGCAGCGAACAUCGUCACUGCUAUCUACAUUGCGUGUGGCCAGGAUGCAGCACAGAAUGUGGGUAGUUCAAACUGUAUUACGUUAAUGGAAGCAAGUGGUCCAACGAAUGAAGACUUGUAUAUCAGCUGCACCAUGCCAUCUAUAGAGAUAGGAACCGUGGGUGGUGGGACCAACCUCCUCCCUCAGCAAGCUUGUCUGCAGAUGCUAGGUGUUCAAGGAGCAUGCAAAGACAAUCCUGGAGAAAAUGCACGGCAGCUUGCCCGAAUUGUGUGUGGCACUGUAAUGGCUGGGGAGUUGUCCUUGAUGGCAGCAUUGGCAGCAGGGCACCUUGUCAGAAGUCACAUGGUUCACAACAGAUCAAAGAUAAAUUUACAAGAUCUGCAAGGAACAUGCAGCAAGAAGGCAGCUUGAGCAGCCUGACUGCACUCAAUUGAGCCACAGGCACUGCGUUCUCAAGGACUACCAUGAAAUCUGUGAAUUAAAAAUCUCAAUGCAGUGUCUUGUGGAAGAUAAAUGGACAUGAUCAGUGAGAUGCCUACUUGGUUUCUGGCUCUUUGAGAGACAUCUGAGGUCCUUUGCAAAGACUCCUCAGAUCUGGGGACAGUGUGGUCCUUCCCAUGCUGUGUCCUGGAAAGAUACUCACUUGGAUGCUGUGCUAUGCUCUGGGCACCACAGAUGUGAUCUGCAGCUCAUUUCUGAAAGCCACCACAAGCUGCAAACAGCUGCUUUGACAAAAUGAUGGAGUUCAUGGUGAUCAGUGUGGGACUGACCUCCCUAUGGGCUAGAAAUGGAGUUUUAAAUUACACUGUAGCUGACAGAACUUCUGAUUUUUAUUUAUUCAGUCUGGGCUGUAGAACUUUGCAAUCUAAGUUUUUUUUUUUUU